AUGUCGAGCUGGAGAGGUGGAGGUCGAGCAAGUAACCUCAGGGAGCACGUCGGGAACGACUGUGACCCUUUGGUCAGCGUGGCCCUCAGUAGGUCCGUUUGGAUUGGGCCUUAUCAAUGCUAUUGGGCCUGUCGGGCCCAGUCCAGAACAGGAGCCCCCCAAGUCGUGGUUCCUUGGGUUAGGAGCCAUGGCUUGAUCUCAGGUCGUUCCCGUUUUGGGGUCUCGCGCCCGGGUCAGAGAUGCAGGUCCUCGAGGGCUUCUCCGUGUCGUGCUCGGAGACAAAUCUUUCGAGGUGGAUGCUCGGGGAAUCCUCACCGGCGCGCGUCUGUCGAGCACACGGGGUAUCUUUCAGGAACUGCGCCGCCACCCUAUGAUGAUAGGGUCAUCAUUGCCUUGGGAGCCGUGCGUCGAGGAGAGAAACUCCGUGGUUGCCCGAGCAUAGCUGCGAUUCCCGUCACAUAUUCCUUCCCUCCGUUGCAGAACUCACUCCUUGAUUACAAUGCUGCCCGGGGUCUUCAUGAUCCAGGGCGCCUGAUUCAUGAUCGUGCCCGGUAUGUUCAUAGCUCUGGCCGCGGUUUGGAGAAGGUCUCAUCGAGUUAUCCGGACGUCGGGGAGGCGACUGCUAUGUUGUUGCAAACUAACUCUUGUGGUCGUGCAUGGAGCAACGUGGUAACCAUGGCGGACGAGCCGUGCUCCUCUGGACGCCCCGAACGGGAGGAACAAAGUGCCGACGAGGCGGUGAGUUUGAUCGACACUGUCGACGACCCUCUGUUGGAUUGGGUGGGCGACGAGCCCAGAGGAAUCACGUCGAUCUAUAGCCGGCAUAACCGAAAACCAUAUGCUGUCCUCGAGGCGGGUCACGGUCAGCCUGAUUUUCAAAAGAAUUUCGUUGUUAUGCGGCCGACCUCCAAUGCCCGGAUCUGCUCGGUGUACCCCAAGUAUAGCUUCCCCAUGUACGAAAUUGCGUUCAAAGAUCUUGGGCUGCAGCUGCCCUUCAGUGACUUUCAGACCGGGGUCUUCGCCCAUCUGGGGCUGGCCCUGUCGCAGCUACACUCGAACUCGCUCGCCUUUAUCCGGGCGUUUAAGCUGACAUGUCAUUUUCUGAGGAUUGGGGCGACUAUACCUCUCUUCUUCAGAAUUUUCCAUCUGCAGCGCCAGUCACGAGGAGGGAAGCACAGCUGGGUCUCCUUAAAACAGUCGAGGAGACUAUUCAAGAUGUACAUGGACUCCGUAAGGGGUUUUAAAGACAAGUGGUAUGUCGUGAGGCCGGUUACCACGUCUGCUUUAGAAUCCCUGUACGAGGAGGAGGCGCCCAUAAGCGACGAUGACGGAGAGGUGAUUUUAGACAACGACGGGUAUCCCGUGAUGGCCCGCACGGCCAAGUUCCCCGUGCAUUGGAUGUUCAGGCAUUAUGAGCACGGGGCUGGAUACUAUCAUACCGCCACGGGCGACAUGUGUUCCGAGGAUGAGAAGGCGUAUGACACUCUUUGUCGGUUCGUUGACAGCUUCCACCCCGCCAGGUGGGCCAUGAGGGAGGGGGAAGAUGUCUUGGACGAGGAGGGUUAUCCGACAUUCGAGUCCAGACCGAUCGAUACUAAGGCGCUCGUGGAGUGCCAGUCGUUCAGGCAGGCUGCUCGUCUGCUAGGUUCGAUGGCCGGACGACGGGAAAGACUCUUGAAGCUGUCUUGCGACCAGAAGCGGGGUAGGAGGGUUGUGAAGGCUCCCCAAGCAACGAGGAUGGGCCCGCCGCAUAGCCCGGGCGCUCCUCAUGUGGUGAGGGUGGAUUCGUCGCCCAGAUCGGGGGCCGCGUCGGACGAAAUCCCAGAGGUUCAAGAGGUCGAGCCACAUGCCGACCUGAUACAGAGGAAGCGGAACCGGGUGAAAAGCGGGCCGGCGGUUGGCGAGGACGCCAGUGCCGUAAGGUCCUUCGGGUUGCCCCCUUGCUUCAAAGAGGAGGGUUUCUUCGAGAGAUUCCCUCUGUCUGUGGUUGCCGAUGAGGCUGAGACUAUUAAGAGGAUGAGUAAGGAGGAUCGGAGGAGGCACAUGGCCGCCAACAUGGUUGGGCUGGUGAAAAUGGCCGAGAUGGCCAUGGUGCUGUCCGAGGAAGGGGAGGAUCCUGUCCAUAUUGAAGAACUGGAGCAGGAGAAAGCGGCUCUCACCUCGAGCUCGCGGAAGUUAAGGACUGCCCUGGAACGCUCCGAGGAGAUGUUCCGUGAGCAGGCAUCGCUGCUGGCCGCUGAGAGAGAGAUGAUGAUUCUGGAGAAAGAAAAUUUGGGGAAGCUAGCCGAGGAGGGAGAGCUUCUCCGCACGGACAGGGAUCGUCUGGAGACUGACAUCGGGUGCCUGACCCAACAGAUCGAGGACCUGAAAGUCGCCAUGCUUCCUGCCGAGGACGAGCCGGAGGAUAUAGCUGCUUUGAAGAGUCGAUCGGAGCUGGUCGCCCAUAUCCGGCUACUCGAAGCAGAUUGCGUUGGUGCUAUGGAGGAGGGGUUCGACUCCGCAGUCGGCCAACUUUCCUUGCUAAAUCCUAGUUUGGUCACUGAGGGGACGGGCUACACUCAUCAGAUCGUGGAUGGCGCGAUCGUGCCCCCGCCCGACUCUCCUGUUGUCAACAAUGAUGGUUCCGGGGAAGCUUGA